ACUCUUCGCAUUUGAUGAUGGGUGAUGUUCUAGCUUAUGAAGCAGAGCUUCUUGGAAUGGUGAAGGAGUAUUUGGAGUUUGCGGAAUUUGAGGAAACAGUGAAGUCGUUUACAAAGGAAUGCAAAAUAAAAGGGAAAUCAUUGCCUAAAACAGGAGGUGGAUCUGCAAAAGACUCUAAGGCUUUGAUCAUCCAGGAUCUGCUAACAUCCUUUACUGAUGGAGACCAGGAUGUCUUCUUUGAACUUUGGGAAGAACACAUUCCUCCUUCCGUUCGGGACAAUGAGGCCGUGGCCCAGAAGCUGGAGUUCUACCUUCACAUUCAUUUUGCCAUCUUCCUCUUAAAAAGAAGUGAGGGAAAGCCUUCGUCCAGCUCGACUCAUAGUUAUAACAAAGUAGCACUGGAUGAAAGGAUUUCACGUUUUAAGAUGUAUCUCGAGACCAAAGGGGCUGCCCUGAGCCAGACCACAGAAUUUCUUCCUUUCUACGCUUUGCCUUUUGUUCCCAACCCGAUGAUUCAUCCCUCCUUCAAAGAACUUUUCCAGGAUUCUUGGGAGUCUGAUCUGAAGAUGACGUUGGAAGAUUUCUUGUCUGCUACUCUGAAAGCCAGCAAUACCCCAAGACUCCUGACUCUAUAUAAGGAGAACGCGCAGUGCAGCCAAGAAAUGUUGCAGCAGCUCCAUCAGCAGCUGGUGGAGUCCGAGCGCAAGACCAUGACCUACCUGAAGCGGUUUAACAAGAUCCAGGCAGACUACCACAACCUCAUUGGGGUCACUGCUGAGCUGGUGGAUUCUCUGGAGGCCACAGUCAAUGGCAAGAUGAUCACCCCAGAAGAUCUGCAGAGCGUCUGUGUCCGUUUGUUUAGCAACCAGAUGAUGCAGAGUGUGGUUCACAGCAUAGAUUUCACGAGGCCUGGAACUGGAUACUGCUGUAUGAGCCCAUGUGAUGAUGAAUAUGCCUCUACAAUGUUAAGAGCAUCAUUAGCUCCUGUGAAAGUGCAAGAAGUUCCCCUCCUGCCCUCCUUGGACUACGAGAAGCUGAAGAAAGAUCUGGUGGAUGGGAACAACCGCCUUAAAGCCUUCUUACUGCAGGCCUUGCGCUGGCGCUUGACGACGUCCCAUCCUGGUGAGCAGCGGGACACUGUCCUGCAGGCUUACAUCAACAACGAUCUUCUGGAUUGCUACAGCAACGUCCAGAGAAGCGUGUUGAUGCUGCUACAGUCGAAGAACGAGGUGGUCCGCCAAUAUACAGCCAGGCUGAUCAAUGCCUUUGCCUCUCUGGCUGAAGGUCGCCUCUACCUUUCGCAGAACCCCCGAUUGCUCCGGCUACUGGAAGAAAGAUUGAAAGCCGAGGAUAAGGAUUCUCUGACCCGAGAGAAUGUCCUGGGAGCUCUGCAGAAACUCAGCCUCAGGCGUGCUCUGCAGUCGGCAAUGAUCAAGCACGAGCUGAUCCUGUGGCUAGUGGAGGGGCUAAAGGACACGGACUGCAUGUCAGAUUACACCUUGGCCUACUCGGUUGCUCUGCUCAUGAACCUUUGCCUUCGGAGUUCAGGAAAGAAAAUGUGCGCGAAAAUUGCAAACGAGGUUCUCCGGGUUCUCUCUGAUCUUCUUGGCCAUGAGAACCACGAGAUACACCCAUAUGUGAACGGGGCGCUGUACAGCAUCCUCGCUGUUCCCUCCAUAAGAGAAGAAGCCCGAGCAAUGGAAAUGGAAGACAUUCUGCGGUGCUACAUCGAGGAAGGAAACGCGGAUAUGAUCCAGCAGAUUGAGUUUAUCAUCAAGCAGCUGAAAUCAGAAGAGCCAUUGGACGAUAGUGCAGAGUCUGAUGAUGAGGAGAAGGAAGAUAAUGAUGAAGAGGACCAUAACAGCAUGGAAGCCGACCUGGACAAGGACGAAGUUUUGCAGCCUCAGGAGGGAGAGCUGACUGGAGAGAAACUCUUGACUACAGAAUACUUGGGAAUAAUGACCAAUACACCGAAAGCAAAGAAGAAGCCAUUUCCUGGUGUUCACCAGAGUAUCGAUGAACCUCUCCAAAGGCCCGUGACACCCGGUUAUCACAAAGCUGCCUACCCAAUGUGA